AUGUCGCAGCUCACGAGUCAAAAUAACAAAAGUUAUAGCGCAUUUCUCCCAGACGACAUUCUGCGCCAAGUCUUUGAAACAGCUGCACAGUUGGAUUUCAGAGUAACUGUCAACCUAGCCUCUUUGUCCCGUCGAAUCCGUCCAUGGAUUGACGAGAUACUAUACUCCGUGGUGAUAUUGAGAACACUGCGGACUUCAUACGCCUUCCUGCGCACCAUCCAGACGCCUAACACCAAACCCAGGGACUUCUUCGCCAAGUGCGUCAAGUCCCUGCUCAUCUACGCCGACAUCGACACAGAUAGCCUUGUGACACUUUUAUCGAUAUGCCGCGGUGUCAUCAACCUCUCUUACUGGCCGAGCACAGGAAACGCCUACGCUGCUCUGCCUGGGUAUAACCCUUCAAGCCGUCUCCUGGGUACCCCCACUCCGUGGAAUUCACACGUUCAUUCCACAGCUACACCAAAUAUAUCUUCCAGCCCCCUAUCCACCCGCCAAGCGACCAAAAUCUAUGUGCCCGCCGUCACGGAGUACUUCUUCUUCGAUCUACACAGCACCUCCCACAUAGCUCCUCGGAGGCUCUCCGUGAUGCUGCACGACUCGCACCCCUUGUUCAUAUUCCGCCCGCGAUUCGAGGGAUCGCCCUUUUUCGGUGACGUCACUCACCUCUCCGUGCUCAAUCGCUGGGAAGAGUGGACGGCAUGGGCAGGGCACAGGAUGACCGCCGAGGCACUACCCCGUCUCACCCACCUCAAAUUCGACCUCUCCGUGGGCCAGGCGCCCGAGUCCGUGCGACCUCGGUCUUUGUCUCCCAGCUGCUCGCGCUGGCUCGAAACCGUCACCGUAGCCGACCCCUUCUGCCCCUCGCCACCGGAGUCGGAGUCGGAGUCGCACUCGCACGCGUACGCAUACUCGGAACGCAAAAUGAGCUCGUCAGAGUGCGCGUGGGCGAGCAAGAUCGCCUGCGUCGCCAAUGCGCUUAGCGAUGUCCUGAGCCGCCACCCGUCGCUUAUAGCCUGCGUCUUGGUUCUUCGCUUCGACAGCAACCCAGCACGCACGGCGAGGCUUAUUUCCAACGCGGUGGCUUCGAGGAUGGCUUCUUCUAAGCAGAGAAGAUCUUCCAGCCCAAGGUAUUCCAUGGACAUGCAGUGCGACAGUGACGACAUGGAUGUAGACAUGGACUCGGAUUCGCCUCCGGCAGUGGAUCCUCGCUUGGUUUUUGCCUGGGAGAAGGAGUCGUUCAGAUACAAUUAUGCUCACUCUGAGCACGAGCAAAUUAUGUGGAAGUCUGCCGAGUCCAUUGCCAAGGCUCAGCGUUUCAUGAAAGGUGAAAAUCCCCUCCGAUAA